AUGGCAUUUACUAAUACAACUUUUCAAUUUGAUCAAUUUAAUCCAUCAAUAAAUAAUUUACAAUAUCAACAACAACAACAAUCAUCAUCUUCAUCAUCUUCAACUACUAAUUUAAAUUCAUUUGAUGAUGAAGAUAUUUUUGAAUUAAAUAUAGAAGAAGAAAUAAAUACACCAAUACUGCAAAAUGAUAUAAUAAUAAAUAAUAACGAUAUUAAACAUUAUAAUAAUUAUACAACUUCAACAAAUAAUAAUAGACAAUCAUCAUUAUCAUCAAUAGAUUCAAUAUCAUCAAGUUUUUCAAACUCAAAUAAUAAUUCAAAUUCUUUAUUAAUAUCACCAAUUUUAUCACCAUCAUCUUAUAAUUAUAAUUAUUCAAGACAAUUAGAUGAUGAAGAAGAAGAAGAUCAUUUGCUAUAUGAAUGUAUAAUAUGCAAGAAAAAAAUGGAUUCAUUAUCAAGUGAAUUACAUAACUGCACUAAAAAUUUAUAUUCAUCAACUAAUACAACCACUACUACAACUAAUGAAUCAAAUAAUAAUGAAAAUGAUUCAAUUAUAAAAAGUAAUAAUGAAUUGAUUCAAAAUAAUUAUAGAAAAUGGUUAUUUAAAAUCACUCCUUCUUUUCCAUAUUAA